AUGGCGUUCAAGAUCAAGAACGCACAUUCUUUCCUCCUCCACCACCACCUCAUUACAACAAUCAUCACCAUUAUCAUCAUCUUCAACAUAUCCCAAACCACCACCGCAACCCUCAUCACACCGCAACAAAACCUCACCACAAUGAACUCAUUUGGUGGCCGUGGCCACUGGAUUCAGCUCCAAAAAUCCAUAGGUAUCUCAGCCAUGCACAUGCAGGUAAUGAAAGACAACAAAGUUGUCAUCUUUGACAGAACCGACUUCGGCCCUUCCAAUAUCUCCCUCACAAACAACCGCUGCCGUUACGACCCACGUGACAUGGCUCUCAAAAUCGACUGCACUGCACACUCUAUCCUCUACGACCUAACCACCGACAAAUUCCGUCCUUUAACUCUUCAAACCGACGCUUGGUGCUCCUCCGGCGCCGUCAAUCCCAACGGUACGUUAAUCCAAACCGGCGGCUUCAAUGACGGUUACACCAAACUCAGAACAUUCACUCCAUGUCCGAAAAACAAUGACUGCGAUUGGGAAGAGCUUCCUCAGAAUCUUUCUUCUAGCCGUUGGUAUGCUUCGAACCAGAUUCUCCCGGACGGUAGAAUCAUCGUCGUUGGUGGUCGUUCAUCGUUUUCCUACGAGUUUGUUCCGAAGAAUUCAAACGACCCGUCGUUUUACUUUUUCAGAUUCUUGCAAAUCACGCGUGAUUCAAAUCCCGGUGAAGAGAACAAUCUUUAUCCAUUCUUGCAUCUUUUACCCGACGGAAACCUCUUCAUCUUCGCUAACCGUCGUUCGAUUCUGUUUGAUUAUACUCAUAACAGGGUAAUAAGGGAAUUUCCAAUUAUACCCGGAGAAGAAAAGAGAAACUAUCCAAGUACAGGCUCUUCCGUUAUGUUGCCGUUGAAUUUAACGGGAAGUGAAAAGAGUUUAAUCGAGGUUGAAAUAAUGGUUUGCGGCGGCGCGUAUCCCGGCGCGUUUGAUUAUGCUAAAAAACAGCAGGUGUUUCUAGAAGCUUCUGAUAGUUGCGGAAGGAUGAAGGUUACUGAUUCUGAACCGGAAUGGGUUAUGGAGUUUAUGCCGACGCCACGUGUCAUGCCGGAUAUGCUUUUGUUACCGACGGGGAAUGUUAUAAUUUUAAACGGUGCGGCCAAUGGUACAGCGGGUUGGGAAAACGCGGCGAACCCGGUUUUGCAUCCGGUUUUAUAUCGACCCGGGUUAGUGAACUCGGGUUUGAGGUUUCAGUUGUUAGCUCCAGCGAGUACUCCGAGAAUGUAUCAUUCUUCAGCUGUUUUGUUGCCUGAUGGCAGGAUUUUAGUGGGUGGAAGUAAUCCUCAUAGAGGUUAUGAUUUUCGGGCUUACCCGUACCCGACUGAGUUGAGUUUGGAUAUUUAUAACCCGGAUUAUCUUGGGCCGAAAAUGGAUCCGUUGCGGCCCAGUGUUAUUACAGUGGAGGUUGUGAAUCAUACGGUGGAGUAUGGGAAUUUGUUUGCGGUGUCGUUUUCGUUGAAGGAAGUUCGUGAUGUUAGUGGGAUUCUGUUUUCGUUGGUGGCGCCGUCGUUUACUACACACUCCUUUGCGAUGAAUCAGCGGGUUUUGUUUUUGGAAGUGACGGCGUUGGAAGAGGUUGCAAAUUCUAGUCCCGAAAGCCCACAAGGCCCGGUGAAGUCUGUUUAUAAGGCUAUGGUACGUGGGCCCGGUUCUUUUACGGUGGCCCCACCUGGGUAUUAUAUGCUUUAUGUUGUACAUGCUGGAGUUCCUAGUGUUGCUAAAUGGGUUCAUAUUCGUUGA